UAUAAAGCACUUAUACACACAUUAACAAGGCUAUAUCUUGGUGUGUGUGUGCAUAUAUGUGUAUAUAUGUAUGUAUGCACACACUCCGACGUGUAUAUAUAUACAUGAGAAAUUAUGCUAAACAUUGGACUAUUGUAUUCUUCAUGGAACUCUAAAACUCACCAGUGCCACCUUUAUCUCUAGCUGUGUACAUACAACACCUAACACUGUAUAUGCAUUUGAAAUCUACAUCAUAGACGUGUAUAUAACGAACUUUAUAUAUAUAUAUAUAUAUACCCGGUUAUUGUACCCGGACAUAUAUACAAGAACUGAAGAAUUUUGGUGUUGUAUUAUGGAUACAAAGAACCAGAGAUGACAAUUUUGUUUUAAUUCAUUCUACGCCUUACCAAGCCUGAUUAUGUUUCGUUUCAUUUAUGCCAAAUUCUUUGACUAAUUAUUGCAUCUAAAUUACCUCCCAAGGUCUGCUGUUUCACAUUUUGAUUUCCAUUUUUUCUUCCUUUUUUUUUUUUUCCAUGAAAUGUUCUUCUACCCGAAACGGUGGAAUUCCAGACCGUCUCCCUCCCUCCCCGGCGGCGCCUAAUUCUUCUCGCCAUCAAAUUUAUUCCACUCUUUGAAUUCCUACGUAUAACUUUUAACUGACCCAACAUCAAUAAUUCCCCGAAUUCUUCUGUUAAUACCAUUUUUUUCUCUCUCUCUCUCCAUUUCCUGCAAGACUGUAUAAGACAAACUGUUUGUUUGCACAGGUGUGCCACCAAAGAUUAUGUCAUUUAAUUAACGUGUGCCGUAUCCCACCUUAUUCCCUCCAUUUUUUUUCCUGUCUUUUACUGCCGCGAGGCUCAUUAGGCUGAAAUCAGACAUUUUUUAUGUUUUUGUCUACGUCUAGGUGUAUAUAUCUUGAACAUACGGAAUGAGUUCUUCCAACCAAAAUACCCGGACGACCUAUGUGUGCUCUGUGGGCGGAUGUUCUAAGAUAUUUAGUAAGAAGCUUUACCUUGACCAACACAUCCGUCAGCACACGGGAGAGAGACCAUUUCAUUGCGCAAAUGAAGGCUGUGGCAAGACCUACUCCAGAAAAGACCACCUCAACCGACACUUAAAAUGGUGUUCAGCUUCCCAGUCGGCCGGUUCCAGGGAGAGGCUAACGUGUUCUGAAAACGGCUGCUCAAAAACAUUCCAGAACUUGCAGAAUCUGCGUGUGCAUGUACGCAACGUGCACGAGCAGAGUAAAAAUUAUAAAUGUCCAGUCGAAGGUUGUGGAAAAGUUUUCAAAAAGCACCACGGAUUAAAACAACAUGAGUUUGAACACAGCGGGGUGAACCCUUUCUCUUGCAUGCUGUCUAGUUGUAAGAAAUCCUUUCGCGUCUUCAGUCAUUUCAAAAGACACAUGAAGGUGCACGAUGGAUACAAAUGCGAACAUUGUGCAGAGACAUUUGAAAAGUGGACGCAGUUAAUUAAACACCGAUCGACCCACCAUCGGCCACUACAGAAAUGUCCACACUGUGAUAAAGUAUUUGCUUCGAAAUUAUGUUUAAAGAAACAUAUUAAAGUGCAUUCAGAGACGCGUGAGGUGUUCAUAUGUUCGCGAGAUGGUUGCGGACGUUACUACACAAUGAAACGAAACCUUGUCGCCCACAUGAAGUCCUAUCAUGAUGGCCGUCGAUUUCCUUGCUCCAAUGAGGGCUGUAGCCGCAGUUUUCCAUUCAAGCAUAAAAUGUUGGAGCACAUGAAGAGCCAUAGUCGUGUUCAUCCCCUGAAGAAAAAAUACCCCAAAAAAGGCCACCGUAAAAGAUCCCUGGCGAGUCGACUGUCUGGUUAUGUACCCCCUACAGCUACAUCAACCUGCCGUAGCAAAGAACUCGUCUCACCAGUUCUGCCGACAGAUAAGAAUUCUGUUAUUUCUAAAGUUGUUACUGAUAACAUUAAUGCUAGCCACUCCCUGGGCACAGGCCGCACAGAUGGCCCUAAAGCCCCUAAUCAACCCUCAAAGGUUUCAGUAAUUUCUCCAGUCUCGAAUGAUGUCAAGGUUGCAGACCGCAGUUGUGAUAAAGGGUCACAAGAAAUCUGUAAUGCCGACAAAGAGAGGACGGCCACCAACUUGAAACCACCUCCUCGUGACACUGUCAUUCAUUUAGCGUCAUCAAAGCCACCCGGUAGCAGCCAGAUCAAACCCACCCAGACAACGACGACUGCUCAAUGUUGCAGCAACACCAACCAGGAUAAAAUGAAUUUGAAUUCACCGAAAGAAGUAGCAACCGAAGUUAACAAGAUUAAACCUAGUCGCACUCCUCUCCCGACGACAAAUAUUAAAUUCGCUGAUUCUGGUCACAGACAGUCAAGCAGUUGCCAUAAGGAAACGGUAAUUACCUCCGUAACCCAUCCACAGAGUCAAGACAGUUCCACCCCUGGGUAUCCCAGCCAGAAUUCAGUGAAGAAACCAACAAAUAAAUACAUCUGUUCUGUCAAAAGUUGUGGCAAAGAAUUUGUGUCCGCUUCUUCUUUGAAAAUCCAUCUGUUUUACCACACGGAGAUGCAGUGUUCUGCUUCCAUGGAUAGUUCUGCCAAACAACAAAUGGACGAUAUUCUUUAUUCAACCAAAGACUGCGUCGAAGUGUUCAGAAGUUCGAGGCCUUCCUCCAAACACCAACCUUGGAAUAACAGUAGUAACAAUGGCGGCAGCCGCAGUAACACAUCUUCAUGUAUUUCUUCCACUUCUCCAUCCCACCAUUCCUCACAAACGCCAACCCAAACCCCCAGUCAAAAACACCAAUUGCCAAGCUCCACUGCGACCACAGCACAAGGACCGACUUACCUCCACCAAAAACUUCUCUGUUCCAUAUGCGGGGACAUAUUCUUCAGCAGUUCGCUGCUCAGUCAGCACCUGAGAAGCCACCCUUCGGCGGCACGCAACUCAUUUUCCUGCCCCAAACCUGGUUGUGGCCAGGUGUUCUUGGAAAAAUCUAAACUUGACUUGCAUGUGAAAGACCACUCUAGUCACCGUUCCAAAUCUCACCCCAUCUUCCAGUGUCCCUUAAAUGACUGCGACAUGACCUUUAAGUCCCAGUCGCAGCUGAAGACCCACGCCAAUCUUCAUUCCAUCAAGAAAUACUCAAAAUCUAAGCAGAAACUGGCCAAAAUUAUUUUGGGGAAAUAUUUCUAAAAUAUUAAUUUAAAAUAUCCUCAUUAUCAUUAUUAUUAUUAUUAUUAUAUUAUUAUUAUUAUUGAGUUCAAAUGCCACCAAUGUCA